CUAACAUACUUUGUUUCCUAACAUGAUAACCACUUUCACACCUACUUCUAGUUGAAAUUUGAAAAUGGCUAAAAACUCCUCAUAACUCGUUAUUAGGAUUUCGUCCCUACAACAGCACACAUGACCCAUCAAUGAAAGUGUAGCUCCUUGUAAACUUUGUGCUCCCAAUUCCAUGGUUUAGUUCGACAAUAGCUCUAAUACAACUAAGUGCAAAAUCAACAAACCUAAAAAAGAAAAAAUUAAAAGGGGAUUCGAAAAAAGAUGAGCUUCAAUGUGAAAGAGUCCACCAUGGUGUGCCCAGAGGAGACUCCAAGACAUAGUGUUUGGCUCUCAUGUCUAGACUUGAUGAUCCCCACGCCCUAUUCACAUACCGCUAGUUUUUUCAUCUACAGUCCACAAGAGGUGAAUAAUGCAUCCAAAAGUUUUGACACGCAAAUUUUGAAGGAGUCUUUAAGUAGAGUUUUAGUGCCAUUUUAUCCAUUAGCGGGGAGAUUAAAGAAGAAUGAGGAAAGUAGUCGAUUUGAGAUCGAUUGUAAUGCGGCAGGCGUCUCAUUUGAAGAGGUUGAAACAACGCACGUUCUUGCUGAUUUUGGUGACUUUAAGCCCACUACUGAACUUCGCAAGUUGGUCUUGCCUGUGUGCGACUACUCGGGCGGUCUCUCGUCGUUCCCCCUACAUUUGGUGCGGGUCACUCGCUUCGAGUGCGGGGGUGUGUGCAUUGGCUUCGGUAACAAUCAUCUUGUGGCCGAUGGAAUUGGAUAUGCAUACUUCACCAACUCAUGGGCGAGACUUGCAAGGGGGCUUGAUCUCGAUGUUCAACCCUUCCAUAACCGAGCUCUUUACCUAGCUCCUCGUCAACCACCUCUGGUUGACUUCCAGCAUUUGGAGUACGAGGCAGCUCCACCAGCCAAGGGCUCUGCUAAUCACGGUGAUAUAUCAAGGGAGUGCCUAUUCAAACUUUCUAAACAUCAAAUUGAUACCCUAAAGUUAGAAGCAACAUUCUCAUCCCAAGCAAUACAAAACUAUAAGCUCAGUACUUACGAGGUGCUAGCCGGGCAUGUGUGGAGGUGCGCAUGUAAAGCCCGUGGGCUAAUAGGGGAACAAUGCGUCAAGCUCCAUAUACCAACCGAUGGACGAUCGAGAUUACGAGAUCCCACCCUACCACAAGGAUAUUUUGGUAACGUAAUUUUUUUUACGGCUUGUACUGCAAAAGCAUAUGAUAUCACUACCAAGCCACUGUGGUAUGCUGCGAGUAAAGUUCACGAGGCACUAAAAAGGGUGGAAAGAACAGAGUACUUAAGAUCAGCAAUUGAUUAUCUAGAAAUGCAACCUGAUAUAACCAAUCUUGUGCGUGGGUCUCGUGAUGAAAACAGUCCAUACUUCUCAAUAAACUCUUGGGGUAGGCUUCCCUUUUUUCAUGAAGCAGAUUUUGGGUGGGGAAAGCCCAAAUUUAUAGGUCAUGGUGGUAUUAGAUUACAAGGCCAAGCAUUCUUCGUUCCAAGCCCAAGCAGGGAUGGCAACUUUACACUUUGCAUUAAUCUUUCCACUAUCCAUAUGCCUUUGUUUGAAAAAUACUUGUAUGACUUCAAAUGUCUUGCCAGCUUAUAGAUAGGAAAACGGUACAUCUAUUAUGAAACAUUUCAAUGAUGCAGGUAUUGAGUAAUAAUAUGGUAUAUUUAUGAUUGUGUGUGA